UCUAAAAAGUAAGAACCGUAGUAGCAGUGCACUUGCAGGCGAAGAAGGAAGAUAAUGCAAAUCCGAAGGCAUCUCUCCUUUCUCGCGGCGCCUCCCAAAAAACAAUGGGUUUGAUUUUUUCAAACAGAGGAAGAGAGAGUCUCUCUCUUCGCCUUCCUUUCCUAUUUCUUCUCUUAUAUAAUUAAGUUCUGUAAACAAACAACCUUCUAAUCUUUCGUCUUGGGUUUUCCAAUUAUCCCAAGACUUCUUCUAUCGGAACCUGAGGUGCCAUAAUCUAAGGUUUCUUGGACUUGAAGAACCCAUAUUUUCUUUUCUGGUUUUUAGACUUGGAUUCAAGUCAUUUUUACAUUUGAGGUGUAAAAUUUCCUCAUAGACAAGAUGUUUGGAUUUAUGAAAGCACCUGCAAAUAAAGCAAGUAAGCAAGAUUCAGAUGAUAAUCAGGCAUCACAACCAGCUGCUUCUGGACAUGAUCAAUCAUUUGAUGAUGAAGAUCUUGAGAACAAAAGUGUUCAAGAGCUGGAAAAUUAUGCCAAGUACAAGGCUGAGGAGACAACAAAAGGUGUUAAUAACUGCCUAAGAAUUGCCGAGGACAUUAGACAAGAUGCAACAAGGACUCUUGAUAUGUUGCAUUCUCAAGGUGAGCAAAUCAACAGGACUCAUAUGAUGGCUGUAGAUAUGGAUAAGGAUCUGAGUAAGGGUGAAAAGCUGUUAAAUAAUCUUGGUGGCAUCUUCUCUAAGCCUUGGAAGCCUAAGAAGACCAAGGAAAUAACAGGGCCUGUGAUCACAGCAGAUAAACCAUCUAAAAAGGGUGAGAAUAACAAAGAACAAAGGGAAAAGCUGGGUGUAGGAGGUAAAACCAAAGGACAGUCAACUUCUGCAACACAUGCUGAACCAACAACUGCCCUCCAGCAUAUUGAGCUAGAGAAGGCAAAGCAAGAUGAUGGACUUUCAGAAUUGAGUGAUAUUCUGGGUGAUUUGAAGGGUAUGGCUGUUGACAUGGGAACUGAACUUGACAGGCAAAAUAAAGCCCUUGAUCAUCUUAGUGAUGAUGUGGAUGAGCUGAACUCUCGAGUGAAAGGAGCCAAUCAGCGUGCACGGCAUUUGCUGUCGAAGUGAGACAGAGGAGCAAAACUUGAUUUCUGCAUUUUGAUUAGCAGUCAUAACUAACCCCUUUCUGUCCAAUGUCAUUAGUUAAUGCCUGGAAACCAUUCUUUGUAAUUAUGCUAGCAAAAUAUUUUUAAUUACAAGAUACUGUUGUACUUUUCUUUUCCUUUUUGCUUCCUGUAUGAUGCUGUAUAAAUGAUAUAUUUGUUCACUGCACGAAUUAAGAAUUGUGCAAAAUCAGAAUUACCUAAUUUUU